AUGCCAUCUACGACUGCAAAAAUUCGUCAUUUUGAUCUCUUAACUGCUACCGUCAGACCAGAAGGUGACAUCUCUACUUCGUUCAACUCUUUUGGCCAGGGGGAAACCUACGACAGCUCGUUUUGGGCUGACAUCAAAAGAUCACUUAUUAAAGACCCGGAAGCAUUCAAAGCUAGCUGGUUGCGUUUGAAAGAAGCUUAUAAAGCAGGUCUUGAAGAGAUCAAACAAAGAAAGAGCAGCAUCAUCCCCUCGGUGACAUUGGACGAGUUGUGCAACAUCGAACCCACGAAAAGAGAAGAGAUCUUAAAAAGAGGAUGCGUUGUCAUCAGGGGCGUCAUCCCGGAAAAAGAGGCGGAGGGUUAUAAAGAGGAAGUGCUACAAUACGUAAAAGAGAACCCACAGACUAAAGGCUUUCCUAAGGACGCCAAGGUCGUUUAUGAGCUUUAUUGGUCAAGGCCUCAGGUCAGGGCUAGAGCGCACCCAAAUAUGAAGAAGGCCACGAGGUUCAUGAACAACUUAUUCCAUGCUGAUCCUCAGGCAGAGGUGCUUUUAGACCAGAAUGUAUCUUACGCAGACAGACUACGUAUUAGACAACCUGGAGAUGCGUUCUUCUCCCUUGGGCCCCAUGCUGACGGGGGAUCCCUUGAAAGAUGGGAAGAUCCAGCUUACAGCGCUUGCUACAAGCCUAUCUUUGAAGGGAGAUGGGAAGAGUUUGAUCCAAACGACGCCACACACAGAAUCAACAUCAAUAUGGAAAAAUAUGCCUCCAAUGGUAAUUGCAACAUCUUCCGAGCAUACCAAGGAUGGUUGGCUGUUUCAGAAAUUGCGCCAAAGGAAGGCACCAUAUUGUUUGCCCCAUUGAUAAAAGAAGUCACAGCCCACUGGAUCAUGAGUCCCUUCUUCGACGAAAAUGACAACCUCAAGUUCGACUCGUCGUUGCCCGGCACUUUCCCUGGUAAAAGUCAGGAAUUCAACAACAAGACACACCCUACAUUGCAAUUGGACGACUUGAUGGUGCCAGUACCUCCAGUAAAACCAGGAGACAUGGUUUUCUGGCAUUGUGACUUGAUUCACGCCGUUGACUCCGUACAUGAGGGCCCGCACGACUCCUCGGUGUUCUACAUUCCCUCUGCCCCCUUGUGUGAUAUAAAUGUCAAGUACGCUGCAAUCCAGCGUGAAGCGUUCUUAAAGGGUCUUGCUGGUCCUGAUUUUCCAGGCUUCCCACAUGGUAUUGCCGAGUCUGAGCACAUUGGCAGGGGCACUCCAGAGGAUGUAGUGGAGGUCGGAGGCACUGAGGCGCUAAGAGAGUUUGCCCUUGCCCCCUUCAGUGCCGAAAACCUUACUCCAGGUGAACAAGAGAUUGUCAAGCGGGCCAACAAGCUACUCUUUUGUUAA